UCUAAUUCUCCUCGCGGCUGUCAGCUGGGAGUCUUUUGUUAUCCGGCUCGUCGCGGUCCUCCCCCGGCAGCUACACCGCCAACAUGAAGUCGGUCACAUAGCAGGGUGCUUUAAAUAUCUUUUUUUUUCUCAAGUCACUGCAGCUGUAAAGGCAGGGAGGUGUUGCACCUGUCACCUGCACAACAAAAGCGGAUAAAGUUGUGGAGAAAGGAGGGCCUCAGGAUGGCUGAGGGUCCGAAGAAAAGGAGCAGCAGCAGCGGCCAGUCGGAGACCGAGGAGUCCCAGUCUGACGCCGGGAAAGAGGCAGGGAGCUCCGGGGUGGCUCUGAAAAAAGAGAUCGGCCUGGUCAGCGCCUGUGGCAUUAUAGUGGGCAACAUAAUUGGAUCGGGCAUCUUUGUGAGUCCUAAGGGGGUUCUGGAAAAUGCUAGCUCAGUGGGGCUGGCCAUCAUUGUGUGGGUCGCCACAGGAGUUAUCACAGCUAUUGGCGCUCUCUGCUACGCCGAGCUCGGCGUGACCAUCCCCAAGUCGGGGGGAGACUACUCCUACGUCAAGGACAUCUUCGGAGGAUUGGCUGGGUUCCUGCGUCUGUGGAUUGCACUGUUGGUUAUCUACCCCACCAACCAGGCUGUGAUCGCCCUCACCUUUUCAAACUACGUGCUGCAGCCCCUCUUCCCCUCCUGCAUCCCCCCAGAGAAUGGGCUGCGCCUGUUGGCCGCCGUCUGCCUGCUGUUGUUGACAUGGGUGAACUGCUACAGUGUGCGCUGGGCCACGCGGGUGCAGGACGUCUUCACCGCUGGCAAGCUGCUGGCAUUGGGCCUCAUCAUAGUCAUGGGCUUCGUACAGAUUUGCAAAGGUCACUAUUACUGGUUGGAACCAGCACAUGCCUUUGAGACUUUCAGAGACUAUGAUAUUGGCCUCAUAGCUCUUGCUUUUCUGCAAGGCUCCUUUGCAUAUGGAGGCUGGAAUUUUCUCAACUAUGUCACGGAGGAGCUGGUUGACCCAUAUAGGAACCUGCCCCGUGCCAUCUUCAUCUCAAUUCCCUUGGUCACCUUUGUCUAUGUCUUCGCCAACGUGGCCUACGUCACAGCUAUGAGCCCACAGGAGCUGCUGGCCUCCAAUGCUGUUGCAGUGACGUUUGGAGAGAAGUUGCUAGGAGUAAUGUCAUGGAUCAUGCCCAUCUCUGUGGCGCUCUCCACCUUCGGGGGGGUCAAUGGCUCCCUCUUCACGUCCUCGCGACUGUUCUUUGCUGGAGCGAGGGAAGGCCAUCUUCCACGUCUGCUGGCCAUGAUUCAUGUCGGCCGCUGCACUCCCAUCCCAGCCCUGCUGUUCACUUGCAUCUCCACUCUCCUGAUGCUGUGCACCAGUGACAUCUACACCCUCAUCAACUACGUGGGCUUCAUCAACUACCUCUUCUACGGCGUCACUGUCGCUGGGCAGAUUGUCCUGCGCAUCAAAGAGCCCAACAUGUAUCGCCCCAUAAAGGUGAGCCUGAUCUGGCCUGUGAUCUACCUGCUGUUCUGGGCAUUCCUGCUGGUUUUCUCCCUCUACUCAGAGCCUGUGGUCUGCGGUGUUGGUCUGGCAAUCAUGAUGACCGGUGUCCCUGUAUACUUCCUUGGAAUAUACUGGGAAAAUAAGCCACAGUGCUUUGACACCAACAUUGGUUACAUGACUCAUCUGUGCCAAAAGUUGUGUUUGGUUGUUUACCCAAUCAUGGAAGAGAGCUCGAAGCCCCAUGGGCCUGAAGGGAAAGAUAACGAAGGGGAUGAAGGAAAGCCCAUAAACAGCUGAUUGAACAUGUGCACUAACAGAAACACAGACAUUUAUUCACACCCUUAGAGGGUUGAGAAAAAAAGGCCUGGAGAAGACUCCUAGAAAGAGGAACCACAAGAUAUUCACCUGAUUUAAAUUUAAAUGUUGAAGGAAUGUGUGUAGUGCUGAAAUUUCUUUCUCGAGGUUUUCUUUGACUGGCCUUAAUCCUGAACACCACUGCCUCAGUGUAAUUCUGCCUGGUAACAGGCGUUUGAGAUGCAAUAUCGCUUAUUUUGAACAGAAGUUUUGACCCACAUGGCCAUUUUUCUUGUCUUCAAACUAGGAUCUAAAAUGUCUCUUUUUGUAUUGUCUUUAUUAUUGUGUCCUUGUUUGUCUGUGGACAAUGAUUUGAGGUGGAUGGAAGAUUAUUUUAAUGUUCAAGCUUGUGCAUAUUAUGUCAUUAUCAUAACACUAACAUGAAUUGACAGUCCCACUUUUUGUGUGAGUCUCACUGCAUUUAUUAUUUCUUUGUAACCCUCUCUUGUUUGCCCAUUCGAAAAUUGGAAUUUAAAUUCUGAUGGAACAGCACUUAACAUUGCAAUCAUAGAACCAGAAUUUUUACCCUGGGAAAAAAAAAUCAAAAGACAGAUGACAAGCUUUAUGGAAAUGUAAUUUUUACUUCACUAGUUCAUGGAAAGGACUGAAAUCUCCAUUUGCAGAAAGAGGAUACACAACUUGUGUCAUGAAAGUCACCUUGUGAGUGAGAGAGUGAGUGUGGCAGAAAAAUACAAGUCGAGUGGUGAGACGUUAUUAUGGUUCCAGUGGACAUGUUCUCAUACUUUGUUAAAUUACCCGAUUUAGAUUAGCUCUAGUUGGCUGCUUGCUUUAGCCAUGAAUAUCAAUCAUAGCUAGACCGGAGGCUGGGAGAGAGAGAAGAGAAGACUGUUGGUUACUGUGCAGAUGAAGUUUGCUUCAGAUAUUUCUACUAACUUAAUUCUCUCAGUGAAUGCAUUCUAUUGUUAUUUGAAUCUUGACUCAGUGAUUUUAAAUAUACACAUGGAGGAGUUGAUGGGACUGUCAUCCCUUCAGUGCCCAUUUUCUGGGAAGGGAUGACAGACAAUUCUUUCACACCUUCCCAGGAAAUUGAGCCAUUCACUCUUGGCCUCUUGUGAACCAAACAACUGUUGUUGACUCCUGGGUUCAGGUGACUCCACCCACACUAAUGUUGUUGUCACAACCGGGAGGAGCACUAACAAGCCAAGUGUUAUCAAUGACCUGGAAAACAUCCCCACACCGGUCGGGCAGAACUAAAGAAGCCUCUUGGAUGAGAAGAGAAACGUCUUCAAGAAUAUAUUAACAGUCCAGUUGCUCUCGAUUCAGCUCUCCUUGGCUAACCAUGACCUGGAUGACUGAGGAUUUUCACAGAUGAUGGGUCCAGUGGUUUGGAUUUUACGAGACAAUGAACAUCAACACAUUUGGCCAGAAUUCACUGAAUGUUCAUUGAAUCAACCCAAAAUUUAAAUGUUAACUGAAAGUACCAAUCAAAGUGCUUUCCAUUAUUCCAUCAUUGGGGGCUGCCACCAAUGUGAAAAAUGUCUUGUAAUUGACUGAUCUAUGAAAAUUACACAACAGAACAUUGUAGAACAGGACAAAUUUCUGGAAAGCAUGAAUUCUUUUAAGAUAAAGUGCCUGACCAAAAAAAAAAAAAAAAAAGAUAAAUUCGUGAAGUGAAAACAAUUCAGCAUGGAAUCACACACAUCUGCAGUAUGGAACAAUGUACAAUUUGGGCAUCAGUGUCAUAAAAGUUGCCAAUCAUAAGGUCAUCUACACAUUAGUGUGAAGAUGUGUUUCUCCUCAAUCUAAAAGCAUUUACGUGAUCACCAAACUACAUGGUUAUUUCAGGCAUUUUAAGUUAAAAGAUCAGCUGUCUCAUUUCUAACAAAUACACUGAUCAUCCUCCUGGACAAAAAGACUUCUCAUUUUCGACACCAGAACAAACUGGAAGUUGUGGAGACAGAGGAUGCAUCACGGUCUGCCCUCCAGACAGCUGACCGAGACUUCUGUAACAGGACCAAAUUGUAAUAUUCAAAAAUAAAAAAAACUCUCAAAAUGAAAAUCCAACUGAUUUUGAUGUUUUUAAACUGUAGGUUGUGAGGUUGUGCUUCCCAUCAAACUGCAUGAUGUGUAGAUGUGGCCCAGUUUGCCAAUAUAGCUUGGAUAAUUAAUCAUUUGGUGGUGCUUUGGAGUCAAAUUUCUCUCUGCAAAUUGACAUUUAAAAAGUUUGCCAUGAGCAAAAAUUAAAUGUUUCAAACAGCAGGUUGUGUACUGUGGGUUACAGUGGGUUUUUAAGAUUUCAAUCAAAAGGAGUGCGGCAAACUCCAACAGCAAUCAUCUCUGUCAACCACACGGCCAGACAUAAAUGUGGUAUUGCAUGAGAGGCACCAGGACUGAAUAGUGAUAAUAAAGGCAAGAUCUUUGCUAUCAUCAUC